AUGAAGAAGAAGCAGCAGCAUCCCGGCGGCGGCGCGGAUCCCUGGCCCCAUGGGGCCCCUCUGGGGGGCGCCCCUCUGGGCCUGGGCAGCUGGAAGCGCCGGGUCUCCCUGCUGCCUUUCCUGCGCUUCUCCCUCCGGGACUACGGUUUCUGCAUGGCCACCCUGCUGGUCUUCUGCCUGGGCUCCCUCUUCUACCAGCUCAGCGGGGGACCCCCUCGCUUCCUGCUGGACCUGCGGCAGUACUUGGGAAAUUCCACUUACCUGGAUGACCAUGGACCCCCUCCUAGUAAGGUACUGCCUUUCCCGAGCCAGGUGGUAUACAACAGAGUUGGCAAGUGUGGGAGUCGCACUGUGGUCUUGCUUCUGAGAAUCUUAUCAGAGAAGCAUGGAUUCAAUUUGGUCACAUCAGACAUUCACAACAAAACUAGGCUUACUAAAAAUGAACAAAUGGAACUGAUUAAAAAUAUAAGUACUGCUGAACAGCCCUAUUUAUUCACUCGACAUGUUCAUUUCCUCAACUUCUCAAGGUUCGGAGGAGACCAGCCCGUCUACAUUAAUAUCAUCAGAGACCCCGUCAGCCGAUUUUUAUCCAACUAUUUUUUCCGUCGCUUUGGAGACUGGAGAGGGGAACAGAAUCACAUGAUCCGCACCCCCAGCAUGCGGCAGGAGGAGCGUUACCUGGAUAUCAAUGAGUGUAUUCUUGAAAACUAUCCCGAGUGUUCCAACCCCAGGUUAUUUUACAUCAUUCCGUAUUUUUGUGGACAGCAUCCCCGAUGCAGGGAGCCUGGUGAGUGGGCCCUUGAGCGGGCAAAGCUGAACGUGAACGAGAACUUCCUGCUCGUGGGCAUUCUUGAAGAGUUGGAAGAUGUGCUGCUUUUACUGGAAAGAUUUUUACCUCAUUACUUCAAGGGUGUGCUCAGUAUCUACAAAGACCCAGAGCAUAGGAAACUUGGAAACAUGACUGUGACCGUGAAGAAGACUGUCCCCUCUCCUGAGGCCGUGCAGAUUCUCUACCAGCGAAUGAGAUACGAGUACGAGUUCUACCACUACGUCAAAGAGCAGUUCCACCUGCUGAAGCGCAAGUUUGGACUCAAGUCGCAUGUCAGCAAGCCUCCCCUGAGGCCGCAGUUCUUUAUACCAACGCCACUGGGGACGGAGGAGCCAGUCGACGACCAGGAACAAGAUGAUGAAAAGUGGCUAGAAGAUAUUUAUAAGAGGUGAAGCCAGCACUGUGUUGCCUCCGUGGCUUUAUCUCCCCUUUCCAGAAAGUGUUUUAUUUGGGGAAAAAAAUCCUGAAGGGACUGAAUUAAUGCUCGGGUGCAUUAAAAAGAACAAAACAUUCCCAUAUGUGGGGUCAUUGGGAGAUGCCCGGUUUUGCGGGUUUUAUUUGUUUAAUUUUAUUCUGUGUCUUUGUCGUGGCUCCUGGGUCCUUCCCAGGUACACUAGAUGGCUCCAUCACCAGGUAUCUCUUCAUAAAACAGCUUUCCACAUUCUCCGAGUGACGGGAGAAGGGAGCGAAAUACAGCCCACAGCCAAUGACAUCUCACUUGUAAAAUGACUUGUAAAAAGAUUACCUCAGUGGUAGGAGACAUCCAGACUUGUACAUUUCAGUAGAAAUACAAAACCACUUCAGGGACCAGGGAAUUAUUCUAGAAGGAUCUAAGAGGACAUGAACAGGGAGAAUGUCCCUGGUAAAGUGGUUUCUACCCACAUGGGUAGAAUUCUGCCUCUGGUCCAUUUCAGGGGACAUUUUCACCAAGAGCAAUGUCCUUAUCUCUGAAAGAGCAAGUCAGCAUGUGCCAUGUCCCCAUCCAAUCCGAGCCUAGAGUAUCGUUCAAGGUCAAAGUGCAUGGCAAGCUCUACUGAGACAUCCCAUUUCCAAGUACAGUUCGACAGAUAGCCAAGCUACACAGCUGGAAAGAAUGUAGGCAAGGCAGAUAAAAUCUGAAGAUCACAUGGCUUCAGGAAAAAGGCCUGGCUUUGUCCUUUGAACCCAAUAGGUAGUUUCUUUCCCCCCAGUAUUGCUUUAAAUGAAAGACUCAGAAACCAAUAUAGUCCGGCAUUUGACUUAUGCCAGAAGUUCUAAACCUGACCACAGACAAAAUCAAACACAACCCUGGCCAAGAUGGAUUCCCUCGUAUUUAGUAUUAUGGAUUAUAGUACUUCUCAUCCUCUAGGAGGUACCUGUUUUCAGUAAAAAGGAGUCCUGAGUCUGCGCAGGUAGCAGUAGAACUAGAGUCCCAUUUCUUGUGGAACCUCCUUGCUCUUGAGAACCUUUACUGAAAAUAUCAAAAAGAGAGAAAGAGUUUCUGGGUAAGAGAAGGGUUGACCAGCUUUAUGAACAGGCAGCUGCCCCCAGCGUGAUCUGAGUCGAAGCUGGGUGUUCAUUGUUCCAAAAUAGCUGUUCUUUUUACCUCCCACCCCAUCACUUGUCACCUAUCAAUGAUGGCUUGGUCCAGUCACUAGAAAUCGAUUCCUUUGAAAUCUGCAAUGUCUUCACCCUUAAAAACAAAGUACAUGUGUUUGAAUGGAUACACAUAUAUUUUGGGUGGGUAGUAAACAGCUAGCUGAGAUGCCAGGAUGUCAUGGUGACAGCAAGAAGAGUACUUGCUGAUACGUCCUGCCUACUUCACGUUCCCCUCCAGAGCACUAGCAAAGUGUAAGUUAGGAGACUUACUAGUAAACAAGACUGAUUUUACAUAAACUACACAUUUUCUGCUUUUCAGAAACCAACAAGUCUCUGUAGAAUUUUUUCUUCCUUCACUAAAGUUGGAUGGUAGCCAAAAUAUAAAGCAAGUCUUUUGGAACCCGCUGAGCGCUCACUAAAGCUACUUUAUCAUGAGAUGCAUUAAGAAGGCCCCAGCCCACGAGCGCCGGGGGGAAGGCUGGGACGGCAGAGGCCCCAGGUCCACCACUUGGCCACUUGUGGGCCCUCCUUUCUGCCUCAGAGGACCGGGGCUGGGAGUGAUUGAGGGACACGUUCUUAGAGGAGGAAAUAUCCUUUGUCCUGUUCGGAGAGACCAGGGCCCUACUAUUAGGUAUAAAAGCAAUCUGGAGGACAGCUAUCAUAUCCAAACAAGUACAAAACUUGCUGCCUAGUACGUUGUGAGUCAUUUCUAUGAAAUUACAUAUGAAGAAUGAUGAUUAGUUUAUACACUGUUCAAUCUCACAAUCUGAAAGUGGAGUCGGCAAAGUUAUCUCUGCUGUUGUCAGAACGUUGAGACGAUUGGUCGUUCAAAAAAAAAAUCCAUCUUCUGACUACAAGUUCACCUGGGCACUGGUUCCUGUGUGUUCAAAGGCAUUAGUUUUCAGCAGUGAUCAUUAUCACUUUAUAAAAAAAGAUGCUGACUGAUAGACUUACGGGGCCAUCAUGUCACUUGGUUCCAACACACAGCCCCCAGGUCCUAAAGUCAAGGCUCUUCAUCAGUUGAUUUGGCACACAUGACAACAUUUCUUUGGCCCUGGGCCCAACACAGUUUGUACUUCAUGAAAUAUAUUGUACAUUUUACAUAGUUUAAUUUAAGAAAUACAUUUUAAGCUAGUUGAUCUUUGACUGCCUUAUUUAUUAUAAUCUUUCAGCACAUUCCAAGGUUUUAGUUACUCAGGAAGGAGUUAAUUAAAAUGAUUUUAUUUUGGUCUGAUGGAUGUUUUUUAAAAGGAAAAUUAUUGUUAUGAACCUUCAGCCUACUUUCCUUGAGUGCUGUAAAAGUGCUUGUAAAUCUUUUUUUUUUUUCUUAAAGAAGAAAAAAAUGGUGUUUGACAUUGAUGGAAAUUCAAAAAUAUAUAUGGAACUGAAACAUUAGCUUAGCAAAAAUAAAAGCAAUCUGUGUUUGAGAUGAAGCAUUCCUUAACUUAUUCCUUACCCACAUAAAUAAAUGAAUAUAAAUAAGUUGACAUAUUUUUUCCAUUCUGUUGAUAGCUGGAAAUAAAUGUGCCUGCAGUUCCUCACA